AUGCUUGGCACACCUAAGAAGCAACAGUGAACCGAGCGUCAAAAAAGGGAGCAAAAGAACCAAAAAAAAGAAGAAGAUAAAACAAACUUUAUAGUUUUAAGCGCAAGUAAUCCAAAAUCACAAGAACAAAGCAAAGCUUACAUAUGUACACUACACCAUCGAUGAAUACAUCGCAGUAUAUGGACAAGCAGAUCAUGGAUCUAACAAAUUCACAGAGCAACAAUGACUUCAUCAACCUCAUGAACCCUCACCAGGACAUUAGCGGCGGUACAAAGGGGGAAAGUAUUGUUCCGAGUUACGAAUCCCACCCGAUUCGCCCAACUGGAUCAUCGCCGCCAAAAUCUAAUAUUGAUUCGGGUCAUACUACUGGAGCUAGGGCUUGGAAUUCUGCUGAAUUUAAAAGCAAAACUGCUAGCAUCAGAGGCUACUGUCACAACAACAAUAAUUGCUUCAGUUCCAACUUCCAAGCAAGGUGGGUUCUGGGCUUCUGGCACAUCUAGAUGAUGCACCAAGUGAGCUAGUAGUAUAUCAUAUAAAAACAAUCUUUUGCUUGGCGAGUUUUAUGAGCAAGAAUGGUCAACUUGUAGUUAUCCAAAUAUCUGUUGCUAUGAUAAAGAUUCUUAAAUUAAAAAGCAUCAGCAAGAAAAGGACAUGUACAUGCCCACGAUACUCCUGGUAUCGUAUGUGCUCUAAUUGCUUGAGGACCUUAUGAGGCAGUAUCGUUCUUUUUUAAUCUCUUUCUCAUUUCACUUCUCUUUUAUGUUCUGCUGAAUCUGGUUGGAUAUCUACUUGCUUUAUUGGGCCAGUUUAUGGAACUAUGCAUAAGUUCUGUCAAUGAUAUGUAUCUUGUAUUGUAAUUAACGUAAUUCAAUGCAGAAUUAUGGUUCUCUUGACUCACUUGCACCGGCCAAACUCAUUGUGGAUAAAGAUCUGAAAACUGUUGAUUCAUCUUUGUUAUUUGAAAUUGAUCAUACAGUGAAAAAGUACGCUGAUAGUCUUCUACUUGCAAUAGAGAGCGUGAGUGCUCGACUAUCACAAGUAGAAACUCGAAAUCGCCAGAUUGAAACUUCUCUUGAUGACCUCAAGCUUUCUGUUGAUACCAACCAUGGGAGCACUGACGGAAAACUGAAACUGGUGGAAAGUAUUUUCAGAGCGGUGCAAGAUGGUGUACAGGUCAUAAAGAAUAAACAGGAUAUAAUGGAUACUCAACUACAGCUUGCAAGAUUUCAAGUUCCAAAGCUUGAGCAGGAAGUAGACACCCACAAUACUACACACGUGGACUCAGCACAACCUAGGUCAUCUGCUCCUGUUCUGUCUCACCAACAAUUUCCCCCUGUUUUAGCGCUUGCUCAACCGCCUUUCACUCUUCCUCCACCUAAUGCUCCUCCAUCCCCUCCGCAACAGAAUUCGCUAUCUCAAGUUCAGCUUCAGAACCAGUUGGCCCAGAACCCAAUUUCUUCUGGCACUCAAAAUGAAACUUAUUUCCCACCGAUUGGUCGAGCACCAGGAAACUCUAGUCAGCAGUACCAGCUGCUGGCACCGCAGCAGCCACAGACCUCUAUCCCACCACAUCCACAUCAAGGGUAUCAGCCUUCGCCUUCACCACCGUACUCGCAGCCAUCUCCACCUCUUCAAGGGCAUCCGCCUUAUACAUCUGUUAAUCACUCACAACCUCAACCUCCAUUGAGCCGUCAUCCUGAGGAGAGACAUCAUAUAGCAUCGCAGAAUUAUCCACUACCAAAUACCAGUCAACCUCCCUCAAAUCCAGCAAGUGGAGCCCCUGCGUCCCAGCAGUUUUACGCAGCUCACUCUAAUAUAUUUGAGCCCCCAUAUGGCAGACAGGUUUCUGGAUUUUCUGGUCCAUCCACUGGCCCGGGUGAAUCUUAUCCUUAUAGCGGUUCCCCUGUCCAGCAUGGCAGUGACUCCCCUUUGAAAUCGCAGCCACUUCUUUCGACCGCAAUGGGCCAGAGUGGUGGAAGUGGUUAUCCGCAACUCCCCACAGCAAGAAUAUUACCUCAAGCACUACCUACCGCUUCUGUAGUUGGUAGUGGGUCUAGUUCUCCUCGUACUGGCACUAGAGUUCCUAUUGAUGAUGUAGUUGAUAAAGUGACAAAUAUGGGAUUUUCAAGAGACCAAGUAAGAGCAACGGUGCGGAGAUUGACAGAGAAUGGACAGUCAGUUGAUUUGAAUGUGGUGUUGGACAAGUUGAUGAAUAAUGGGGAAUGCCGGCCGCCACAAGGCUGGUAUGGUAGAUAACAUGUUUUCCUCUUAUUCAUGUUUCUGUACAGAAGUAGUUUGAGUUACAUAGACAAGAUUUGGAAAUAAAGAAAAUCAUAGACCAAAUUUGAAAAAAGAAAAUAUUUGUUUGGAUUUAAGCGGCUCUGUUUACUUGUGUCAUAAAACUUCAUUCUUGUGCCUACACAGUGUUUGUUGUUCAUUAAUGUGACAUUUCGGUUCCCUUC